AGGCUAAGAGGAGUUACGUGGUCUGUCCAAAGCCAUUCAGCUCAUCAGUGGUGCAGGCAGGCAUAUCACUCUGGGUCUUAACCAGAAACAGGUGGCAAAGUUGAAGGAAGAUAAUUCAGGAAGGGGUUGUUUGUUUUACAAGGGAUUACCAAAUGAGGGUGCAAAGUGGGGGACCAUGACAAAUAGUGCAGGAAACUGGGGCUAGUAGUAGCUGAGCUGUACCACCCCUAGAAUCAAAGUAUCCAGAGAGAGUAGCUCCCAGACCCUGCACCCUGCAAGGAGAUAGCUGUGGGUGUGGAAGCUGUCUUGAAAGGAAUAGUGAUCCUCAGUGUGAGGACACAGCUGAAACCAACUCAUUCAACUCUCUUUCUCCCAUGUGUCUCCAAUCAGGGCUCCCAUUGGCCAAACUAAUGCAACAGGAAGCCAGAAGGCAGAGAGCUGGGUGGUAAGGGGUGGAGGGUGUGAUCAACCAAAGCAAAUAGAAAAUAGCAGGACUUGGGGCUUCCAUCCUGGGUCGUGACUCCAAACCUUAGAGUGCCAUCAAGAAGGGGUUGCUUAGCCUAAGGCCCUGACGUGAUGAAGUACACAUCGAGACCUGAGGAGAAGCCCAGCUGAGCUCCCAAGUCGUGGGCACCAGCAGGAGGAGCACAUCCCUGUGAGCCUCUAAGGAGGAUUUUCUGAAGAAUCAAAGGGCAUAAAGUUAUUGACAGCAAAGGUGUUUUAGCCAACUGACCUCUGCUCCUGGACAGACAGAACUAAAGCAACAAUCCAGGAUAGUGAUUCCUUCUGCCAUCAGAUGUCAUUCUGCUUGACUGAACUGCACCUGUGGUCUUUGAAGAAUACCUUACACAUUGGCGAUAGAGACAUUGGAAUCUACCAAUAUUAUGACAAGAAAGAACCAUCAGCAACAGAUCAUGGUAACUUAGAAGAAAAGCAGAGGCUGGCAGAAUCACGAGAUUUUCCAUGGAUGCUCAAAAACAGACGCCCAGAAAAACUUCGAGACUCACUCAAGGAGUUGGAGGAGCUGAUGCAAAACAGUCCGUGUGUGCUGAGCAAAUGGAAGAACAAAUACGUCUGUCAGCUCCUCUUUGGUUCAGGUGUGCUGGUGUCCCUAAGCCUUUCUGGGCCGCAGCUGGAGAAAGUGGUGAUUGACAGAAGCCUGGUGGGGAAGCUCAUCUCAGACACCAUCAGUGAUGCUCUUCUCACAGACAGCUUCAUCAUCUUAUCAUUUUUGGCACAAAACAAACUAUGUUUUAUUCAGUUUGCCAAGAAGAUGAGCUCUCCUGAUAUAAACAAAAGACUGGAAAAGCUCUCAGCCUUGGAUUAUAAGAUUUCCUAUUAUGAAAUCCCUGGCCCAGUAAAUAGGACAACACAGCGUCGUCUAGCUAUCAAUUGUGUUCAAGAUAGAGUUGUUUGCUGGUGGCCACUGGUCAGUGAUGAUGCUUGGCCUUGGACCCCCAUUUCUUCUGAGAAGGAUAGAGCCAAUCUGCUGCUCCUGAGUUAUGCUCAAGGAAAGCUGGAGGUUCUGAGUUCUGUACGCACAGAAUGGGAUCCACUGGAUGUUCGCUUUGACACCAAACAUCCUAAUCAAGUGUUGACAGUGGAGUGCUCCAUCAGUGUAGACAAAGAGCCCAUGGCUGACAGCUGCGUCUAUGAAUGUGUUCGGAACAAAAUCCAGUGUGUAUCAGUCACCAGAAUACCACUUAAGUCAAAGGCCAUUAGUUGUUGCAGGAAUGCUGCUGAAGACAAACUGAUCCUGGGCUGUGAAGAUUCUUCAGUAAUUCUUUAUGAAACUCACCGUAGAGUGACUCUCUUAGCUCAGGCUGAACUUCUGCCUUCCUUAAUAAGCUGCCACCCCAGUGGGGCCAUUCUGCUAGUCGGCAGUAACCAAGGGGAGCUGCAAAUAUUUGAUAUGGCUCUUUCUCCUAUUAACAUCCAGCUUUUGGCUGAAGACAACUCACCUAGGGAGACUCUACAAUUCAAACAAUUCUUUGAUGUUUCCAGCAGUCUUGUUCAAAUGCAGUGGAUAGCGCCUCAGGUUGUUUCUAAGAAGCCUGAAAGUGGGGACAUCUGUAAUCUCCUCUUCCUCAGGUUUGACAGAGGACCAUUGGGUGUACUGCUGUUUAAACUUGGCAUCUUCACACAAGGACACCUGGGUCAGGUAGACAUCAUCUUCCAGUAUAUUCACUGUGACGAGAUCUAUGAGGCAAUAAACAUCCUGAGUGGUAUGAACUGGGACACUCUGGGCCAUGAGUGCUUUAUCAGCAUGUGUGCCAUUGUAAACCAUCUUCUUAGACAAAAGCUCACGCCAGAGAGAGAAGCACAGCUUGAGGCAAGCCUUGGAACCUUCUAUGCUCCAACAAGACCACUCCUGGAUACGACCAUAUUAGAAUACAGAGACCAAAUCAGCAAAUAUGCAAGGAGAUUCUUCCACCACUUACUCAGGUACCAAAGAUUUGAAAAGGCAUUUCUGUUAGCUGUUGACAUUGGUGCUCGUGACCUGUUUAUGGUUCUUAUUUUAUAAGAUCUUUUGCCACAAUGAGAUCAGAUAAACAAAGAUGGGGUUCCUGAUUUUCAGCACAUUCUGCUCCAUAGAAAUUCCACUGCUGUCAGAAAAUCUGGAAAACAACAAAAACUUUGAGAAGGCUCUUUUAUCUGAAUCUUCUGUGCAGUGAAGACAUUGUGUACUUUAAGCUUUGAUGCUUUAGAUGUUAAUAUGGGUUCAUAUAUUAGUUUAUCUUGUCUUUGAAAUGAGUUUGCUGUUUAAAUUCUAAUUUCGCAUCACUUAAUUAAACUGUGCUUUGUGCAUUCAUUGAUCAUGGGAAAAAAAUCGAAUUACUUCAAAUGUAUGAACCUUUUGUUAUUUGUUGGUUGUCUGUAUUUUGUUAGGUCACAUUGAUCAGGCAUAUUAAUAUAUUAAGGGAACAUUUUAUUAUUUUCACCAAAGUCUAUGCAUUCAUACAUCACAGUGUCAGAAAUUUAAUUACAACACUUCUUAGAUUUUUCUGACCCAAGUGACGUUGUCACUUUAUUUCCUCCUCACUUCUGCCACUACUCAGCAAUAAAGGUAGAUUUUCUUCCUAUUUCCUUAUUUUUUUAUGUCUGUAGUCCCAGCCUUCUUUCUAGCCAAAAUAAC